AUAAGACGUCGACAGCCGGGCGCCAGCCCCGGGCCUGACGGGAUUGUGGCGGUCCGCUUUCCUGACUCGGAAGCUACUGCUGCCUCUGGACGCUCUCAAGAUGGCGACCUCUCUGGGUUCCAACACCUACAACAGGCAGAACUGGGAGGAUGCGGACUUCCCCAUUCUAUGCCAGACAUGUCUGGGAGAAAACCCAUAUAUCCGAAUGACCAAAGAAAAGUAUGGAAAAGAAUGCAAAAUCUGUGCCAGGCCAUUCACAGUGUUUCGCUGGUGUCCUGGGGUCCGCAUGCGCUUCAAGAAGACUGAAGUGUGCCAAACCUGCAGUAAAUUGAAGAAUGUCUGUCAGACCUGCCUCUUAGACCUAGAAUAUGGCCUGCCCAUCCAGGUUCGUGAUGCAGGAUUGUCUUUUAAAGAUGACAUGCCAAAGUCAGAUGUCAACAAAGAGUACUACACACAAAAUAUGGAAAGAGAAAUUUCUAACUCUGAUGGAACACGGCCAGUUGGCAUGCUCGGGAAAGCCACAUCCACUAGUGACAUGCUGCUCAAAUUGGCCCGAACCACACCCUAUUACAAAAGGAAUCGGCCCCACAUUUGCUCCUUCUGGGUGAAAGGAGAGUGUAAAAGAGGAGAAGAGUGUCCAUACAGACAUGAGAAGCCUACAGAUCCAGAUGACCCCCUUGCUGAUCAGAAUAUUAAAGACCGGUAUUAUGGAAUCAAUGACCCUGUAGCAGAUAAGCUUCUAAAGCGGGCUUCAACAAUGCCUCGUCUGGACCCACCAGAGGAUAAAACUAUCACCACAUUAUAUGUUGGUGGACUGGGCGAUACCAUUACUGAGACAGAUCUCAGAAAUCAUUUCUACCAGUUCGGAGAGAUCCGAACAAUCACUGUUGUGCAGAGACAACAGUGUGCUUUCAUCCAGUUUGCCACAAGGCAGGCUGCAGAAGUGGCUGCUGAGAAGUCCUUUAAUAAGUUGAUUGUCAAUGGCCGCAGACUCAAUGUGAAAUGGGGAAGAUCCCAGGCAGCCAGAGGAAAGGAGAAAGAGAAGGACGGAACCACAGACUCUGGGAUCAAGCUGGAGCCUGUUCCAGGACUGCCAGGAGCUCUUCCUCCUCCUCCUGCAGCAGAAGAAGAAGCCUCUGCCAACUACUUCAACCUUCCCCCAAGUGGUCCUCCAGCUGUGGUGAACAUUGCCCUACCACCACCGCCAGGGAUUGCCCCACCCCCUCCCCCAGGUUUUGGGCCACACAUGUUCCACCCAAUGGGACCACCCCCUCCUUUCAUGAGGGCUCCAGGACCAAUCCACUAUCCUUCUCAGGAUCCUCAGAGGAUGGGAGCACAUGCUGGGAAACACAGCAGCCCCUAGCACAUUGCCACCACUCUGGGGCUCUAUGGAAGAAAGGGCGCUUUAAAAUCCCAGUAAAUGAAUCUUGGAAUAAAUAUAUUUUUCCUUCCUUCGUAGUUUCCAUGGUAGCUGAAUGUGUUCAGAUGUGGGCAGUUGGAGAAGCAUAGCCCUGCUUCCCUACAUGUGUCAGAAGGAUCAGUGGACCUCAAAUAAACUGCCAUGAGCACAGCUAGUUACCAUGAUUAUAUUACUAAGAAAACCUACUGCUGUUCCCCUUAAACCUGUGUGGGGGACAAGCAGAUGGGUAAAUUGGAAUAGCCAAUGGAGUUACCAUCCCAAUUAUAUGUUCAUUUUGUAUCUUUUGGGGUGGGGGGCAAAAAUUGACCUGCGGUAAAAAAACUUUUGACUGUUUUUAUGUCUAUUGGAUAUUUUCUUUUUUUAUCAUCUAAAAAAAAAAAAAUAGUACUAAUCAUCGUAGUGGCAUAAGUGUGAUUUAACUUUUUUUGAAGUCACAUGCUCAGAGAGACAAGAAGAAACCAGCACCUAACACAGCCCAGAAUUUUUCUUUUCCUCAUUUUUAAAAGGACUCUGAUAGUUUUACUUCUCUGUCACCAAAAAAAAAAAAAAAGACAAAAAUAAAAA